CCUUUUGUCCUCUUUUACUUCCUCCGGGGUUCCCCAAGUUAAAAAUAAUAAUAUAUUUAUGACCGAGGAACCGGAACAGAACCUAUCUAUAACCUCUCAUUCCGUCUCUCUAUCGCUUAGAGAGGCUAAAAUUGAAUCGAAAAACCUGAGUUUCGAGGCAACACCCAAAAUGCCUACAAGCAUUUCCAUUUUGCUUCCUCUCUCAUGGAAAUCUCUUUCUCCAUUUUAGAUUUUCUCUAAAAACCCCUAUUUUCUUUCUGUUGAAUAAAAUCUCAUUUCUAAUCCUUUUACUAAAAUGGCAAUGCCACUGUAUGAGCAACCUCCUCCACCGGCGUUUACAGUGCAGCAGCCUCACAGUACUCACUCGGCCCACGGCUCCAUAGGCCCACUCAUUGCUGUGCUGGUGGUUAUAAUAGUAUUGGGUAUUUUGGCAGUAAUGGUCGGAAGGCUAUGCUCGGGGAAGAGUAUGAUGGGUUAUGGUCAGUUUGAUUUGGAGAGCUGGGCUGAGAGGAAAUGCUCGUCUUGCAUCGAUGGAAAGAUCAACUCCCCACUACCGAGGACCAAUAUUUCAUCCUGCAACUCUGUUCCAAUUACAAUGCCAGUCGAAACCCAUCAAGAAAUUGACCAAGAAGAGCUCUCUUCUCCAAAUCCUUCUGCAAAUGUUUAAUAAGUUUUACUCUCUCAGCUUUGUUCAAAUUAUUAUGUGCUCGGUGUGUGUGUGUGUGUGUGCGCGCGCGCGGUUCGUUGUCAUUGCCUAAGAUGCGCUUGAGCCUUUCAUUUUCUGUCUACAGAUAUGUUUUUACAA